AAAUAAAGGCGGGGGAGACAAGCCGACGCACACUUUGAAACCGUAUGCUAAUUGAACGAUGCGACGACGCUUCUUCGGUUCAAUGUGCGUUGUUCAUUUCAGAGACUACGUUGGAAGCGAUCGUACCGUGAAAAUUUACCGCUAAAUGAUGAUGAUCAAGAGCUUGUUUUUGGUGAUAUUCUUCGCCGUUAUCUCAGCUGAAAACGUUGAAGUGAAUCGUGGAAAUGUUGCCCUUGUGACCGGGCAUCGCACAGCCAGAAGCCCACAACAGAACAAUUUUCAGGGUUUUCCCAACUUUGCACCACCCGGCUUCGAUGCAUCCCACAUAGUGUCACAAAACACUGAUGUUGGUAAAAACGGAUUUGCCCAAACCACGAUCUACCAAUCCGAAAAUGGAAUGGGUUCGUCAUCGACGGCGUUUUCGCGAUCGGGAACAACGAGAGCAGUAUCCAAUUAUAUGACAAUUAUACUUUUCCUCGUAAUUGCGAAAUUUAUUCGCAACUGAACCAAAAAAUUAUAAGUGUAAAUUGUAACUGACGUAUUAUUAUUUUUGUUUUUUUUUGUUUACAAUGAAUGUGAUAAUAAACUGUGCUAAAGAAUACAAACAAA